CCACAGGAACCACUCAUCGAUUUGUUGCUGCUCUGAGGGCAAACUGUGCACACACGUACAGGAAGAGGAGAAACACUGUCAGAGAGAUGGCGGAGUCAUCAACACCUGAGGAGAUGCUGUCCUCUUCUGAAUCAUCAGGUGAAGUCCCAGUACACAUGCUUGCUCAUAACCUCAUUCUAUAUGUAACUGAUUCACGUGUUCUGAGAGUCGAGUUCACAAACUGCCAGUCAUGGCCUCAUGAGACAUCCUGGACCUGUAUUCCCACUCCGAACCAACACUACAGAGGCCUGUUUCUAGAUAACCCCAAGCUUCGUCCACAGUUGAGUAAGUUGAAGGAGAAACUGGAGUCUCGCGGUGAGCAUCUGACCAGCAUUCACAGUGGAAGUUUGAUAUUUGUCUUCGGACAUGACACAGAGUUUGAAGCAAUUAAACAGGCGGCUAGACUUUCGGAAAUAAAAAACGCCAUUUUGCUAUUUCUUCAAGAGAUCAGCUCACAAGUGAAAGACAUCAGAAUGGAAGCUGACAUUCGGGAGUCAAAGAGAACAGCAAAGCGACAGAAACACCAGAAAGAGUGUGGUCAAAUCAUUACUGGAAUGGAUGGAGAUAGCACAGCAAUACACUCCAAUGUAUCCGGUAUACAGAACAUCCAUGAAAUGCGUCAAGGGAAUAUACAUGUUGGUGGAGAUGUCUUCUACCUCAGCUAUGACGAUGGCAAGCAUGAAACAAUCUGGCACUGCUUACCUCUACCCAACAGACAUAUCUCUCAAGUCCUCAGGGAGGCAUGCAGACAGUUGGGCAGUAGUAUCAGAGAGUUCUGUUGUGCUACACUAAGGAGGGUGGCUGGGAAAAGUCUGAUAUUUUCCUUUGCACAUACAACCAGAGAAGAUGCAAUUGAUAUGAUUGUUAAGCACAAGAGGGUCAAGGAGGUCUUCCUUGACUUCGUGCAGAAAUUGGACCCAUCAAUUAAGGACAUCAGGAUAGAGGUGGAGUUGCGGGAGCUAUGUGUGUCUGAGGAGCAGACAACACAGACAGCAGGUAAUAAUUGUUCAUGUACAUGUUCAUGUAAAUAGCCUAGUGGUUAAAGCGUUCGCUCGUCACGCCGAAGAC